AGUCCUCAUGAGGACAUGAAGAUGGCAUUUAUGGCUGAAAUGAAAGCUGAAAACAUCAAGCAGUUUCUUUACAAUUUUACACAGCUUCCUCACCUGGCAGGAACAAAGGAGAAUCUGCAUCUGGCACAGCAAGUCCAAGCUGAGUGGAAGGAGUUUGGUUUGGAUUCUGUUCAGUUGGUUCAUUAUGAUGUCUUGCUCUCUUACCCAGAUGAAACUAAGCCCAACUACAUCUCAAUAAUUGAUGAGCAUGGAAAUGAGAUUUUCAACACAUCAUUAUCUGAGCCUCCUCCUCCAGGAUAUGAGGCUGUUAGAGAUGUGGUGCCACCCUACAGUGCGUUUUCAGCCCAAGGAAUGCCUGAGGGUGAGUUAGUGUAUGUGAAUUAUGGCCGCACUGAAGACUUCUUUAAGCUAGAACGUGAAAUGGGAAUUAACUGUACAGGAAAGAUUGUUAUUGCCAGAUAUGGGAAGAUCUUCAGAGGAAAUAAGGUGAAGAAUGCUGAAUUGGCAGGUGCCAAAGGAGUUAUUCUGUAUUCUGACCCUGCUGACUACUGUGCCCCAGGAGUAGAUGCUUAUCCAAAUGGCUGGAACCUUCCAGGUGGAGGAGCCCAGCGUGGAAAUGUAUUAAACCUGAAUGGGGCAGGAGAUCCUCUGACACCAGGUUAUCCUGCAAAAGAAUACACCUACCGAUUAGACAAAUCCAGUGGUGUAGGUCUCCCAAAAAUUCCAGUUCAUCCCAUUGGCUAUCAUGAUGCUGAGUCAUUGCUGCGUAAUAUGGGAGGAUAUGCACCACCGCAUAGUAGCUGGAAAGGAAAUUUGAAUGUAUCUUACAACGUUGGUCCUGGUUUCACAACAAAUUACUCUACAAGACAGGUGAAAAUGCACAUUCAUAGUCACAAUGAAGUAACAAGGAUUUACAAUGUGAUUGGCACCAUCACAGGCACAGUGGAACCAGACAGAUAUGUCAUCCUGGGAGGCCACCGCGACUCUUGGGUAUUUGGUGGCAUUGAUCCUCAGAGUGGGGCAGCUGUGGUUCACGAGAUUGUGAGGAGCUUUGGAAAACUGAAAAGGAAAGGAUGGAGGCCAAGGAGAACAGUGAUAUUCGCAAGCUGGGAUGCAGAGGAAUUUGGCUUGUUAGGAUCGACAGAGUGGGCUGAGGAAAAUGCCAAAGUACUGCAAGCACGAGGAGUGGCUUAUAUCAAUGCAGAUUCCUCCGUUGAAGGAAACUACACGCUACGAGUGGAUUGCACACCACUGAUGUACAGACUGGUGUACAGUCUGACUAAAGAGAUACCAAGUCCUGAUGAGGGGUUUGAAGGAAAAUCUCUUUAUGAGAGCUGGUAUAAAAAAAAUCCAUCAAGAGAAUAUAAAGAGGUCCCCAGAAUAAAUAAACUGGGUUCUGGCAAUGACUUUGAAGUCUUUUUUCAACGUCUUGGCAUCGCUUCAGGCAGAGCACGUUACAGUAAAAAUUGGAAUGUAGAAAAAUUUAGCAGCUAUCCAGUUUACCACAGUGUCUAUGAAACCUAUGAAAUUGUGGAGAGGUUUUAUGAUCCCACUUUCAAGAAUCAUCUGACAGUAGCUCAGGUACGGGGAGGGCUGGUGUUUGAAUUGGCCAACUCCGUUGUGCUUCCUUUCGACUGUAGAGAUUAUGCAUCAGCUGUGAGCAACUAUGCUCACAUCAUCUACAAUUUGUCAAGGAAUCAUGAAGAGGAACUGGCAACAUACAAUGUAUCCUUUGAUGCUCUCUUUUCAGCUGCGAAGAAUUUUACAGAAGUUGCUGCUAGCUUUCAUGAAAGACUGCAACAAAUAGAUAUCAAUAACCUACUUGCUGUCAGAUCACUAAAUGAUCAGCUCAUUUUUCUAGAAAGGGCUUUCAUCGAUCCUCUUGGAUUACCUGGCAGGCCAUUCUAUAGACAUGUUAUCUUUGCUCCAAGCAGCCAUAACAAGUAUGCAGGAGAAUCAUUCCCAGGGAUCUAUGAUGCCAUGUUUGACAUUAAAAACAAAGCUGAUCAACACGAAGCCUGGGAAGAAGUUAAGAGGCAGAUUUCCAUUGCAGCCUUCACUGUACAGGCAGCAGCAGAAACACUGAAAGAAGUAGCAUAAAUAUCAACAACAUAAUCGUCAAUGAAGACUACAUAUGAGAGUUUGCAGAAGCCUUAAAAAUGGAGCAUUUAAAAAUGCUAGGAGGAUUAUGACAAAGAACACAAAAUCCAAAAAAUCUCUUUUUUUGCAAAUAAUAUACCCAAGUGGAAUGCAUUUAGCAAUGUUAACAA